AUGCAUUUUGCCACCAAUGUCUUCGGGCAUUACGUUGUCGUUGAACGUCUUCUUCCACUCCUUUUGAAAACUGAUCGUCCGGAUUUCAAGAAUCGCGUUAUUGUGGUUUCCAGUGGACUUUAUCGAAAUGCCGAAGCUAUUCCACAAGUUUCAAAGAUUCUCGGCCAGAAGACGUACGACUACAACCCAAAACAAGCUUACGCGUUCAGUAAACUCGCCAAUUGUCUCUACACCGUUGCACUUUCGAAAAUGUUGGAGCCCCACAACGUCGACGUCUACUGUGUUCGUCCUGGGUUCGUUAAUGGAACUGAAUUAGGUCGAGAGACUCAUUGGUUCCUCCGUGCUCUUGCUGCUCCGAUUAUUUGGUUCAUUGCAAAAACACUUGAACAAGGCUGUGAAACAAUUGUCUAUCUGGCAGAAACUCCAGCUGAUCAGUUGAAAAGUGGAGCGAUGUAUUACGAAAAGAAGGAAGAAUCUUACAAUGAGAUGGUUGAUGUGACAGCAAUUCGCCAAGUGUGGGCGAUUCUUCGCCAUUUGGAAGACACUGUCUGGAAACGAAACACUCAAAUGACAGAUGAACAGAGAGCUCACGGAGAAAUGGUCAGAGAUAUUCUUGAGGAAUCGUUGAUUGUUUGA